AUGUUGUUUAGUAGUGGAUGUAUUGUUGUGCUUGUCUACCUCUUUCUGUCUCCAACAGUUCGUUCACGUAACCAUGCAGAAACUGAAAGCAGUAUGGAAAAAUCACUUAUUCGUGUGAUAUUAGAACGUUAUAAGCAAAAUGGUGUUGUUGGAAGACCUGUGAAUAAUAGUCGUGUGAAAAUGGUUGUUCAGUAUGGUCUCCAAAUGAUUCAACUCCUUGGGCUUGACGAAAAUAAACAAGUUUUAAGGACAAAUUGUUGGGCUGUAUAUAGAUGGAGUGAUUCUUUAUUGAAAUGGAAUGCAAGUCAGUAUGGUGGUAUUAAAGAAUUGAGGAUAUUUCCACAUCAAAUAUGGACACCUGAUAUUAAACUCUAUAAUUUUGCAGAUGAACGUUUACAAGAAUUUCGAGAAGGUCGUUUAGUGGUAGAUAGCAGUGGCAAUAUACUGUGGAUUCAGCAGGCAUUAUUCAGAAGCACAUGCCAAGUUGAAAUUACAUACUUUCCAUUUGAUAGUCAGGUUUGUAUGUUAGAGUUUGGUUCAAUGGCAUAUGACAAAACCCAAUUAGAUUUGGACUGGUGGAUACCGGAUGGCAGUGAUACGCCGAUGCCAUAUGUUGAUUUCUCAGAUUAUGUACCUGCAAAUGAUUGGUUUACAGAUGGAGAAGCAGAACGACAUAUUAGACAUGAAGAUCGAGUACAUCAGUUGAGGUCUGUAAAACGAUAUCGAGUUAGAGAACAUUUGAUUGGAUCAACGAAACAUGAAAGAUAUUAUCCAGUUCUACGUUAUUUAAUACGUAUUUAUCGUAAUCCAAGUUUUCACUUAUUUAUUUUAAUUGUUCCAUGUUUGUUAUUAUCACUGCUAAGUUUGGUGGUCUUUUGGUUACCACCGGACUCAGCCGCGAAAAUGAUGCUAGGCAUAAACAUCUUCGUGGGAUUUUUCGUAUUACUAUUACUAUUGGCGAAAUCAAUGCCUAGUGCAAUAAAAAAUUUCCCCAUAAUAGGUAUUUUCUUUUGCUUAAAUAUGGUCAUGGUCACAUUGUCAAUAUUUAUGGCUACUUGGGUAGUAAAUUUAUUUUAUAAAGGAAAUGAAGGUCAAGCAGUUCCAUUUUGGAUUCGUCGAUUUAUCAUUGAUGGAUUAGGUCGUAUGUUAGGAAUUCGGCAAAUAAUUCCAUUAAUUGAUAAAUCACAACGUUUAGAUCCAAAAAUAUCUUCUUUAAACAUUUCAAUAAAUGAAACUAAUUCAAUACAAAUGAAUUAUCAUGAUAAUUAUUCAAUGAUAAAUGAUGAUGAUAAUAAUCAAAUUAAUAAUUUUUCUAAUAAAAAACAAUUAAAUCACAAUAUUCAUUUAAUUAAUGAAAUAGUUUCUAAUCAUAUAAAUGAAAUGAAACAUAAUGAAUUAAAACAAUAUUCAUGUCAUAUAAAAGAAUUUUUACAACAUAUAAAUAUAAAACAAAUUAAAUCUUCACAUAAAAAUUCAUUAGGUACUGAAUGGCGUAUAUUGGCAUUAAUUAUUGAUCGUUUAUUUUUUAUUAUUUAUUUAUUUACAUUAAUUACUAUUGCUGGUAUUGUUAUUUUAAAAACGGAUUUGCCUGAUACAACAUUACAAUUAAUAAAUCAAAUGGAUUUAAAAUAUUGUUUUAUAUUACUGUUUGGUAUCAUAAAUGAGGUACUACAAGUCUCAGGAAUUGCACCUAAAGGUCAUCCUAGAGAGAUGAAAACAAAAUCAGUGGAAAAAAAUCUUAUCAGAAUGUUAUUAAAUCGAUAUGAACAAUUUGGUGUAAUUGGACGACCAGUAAAUGACAGCAAAAUUAAAGUUGAUGUUCGUUAUGGAUUACAACUUUUCCAAAUUUUGGAUUUAGAUGAAAAUAAACAAAUUUUACGAACUAAUUGUUGGUCGAUGUAUAAAUGGACAGAUUCUCUUCUUCGUUGGAAUGAAAGUGAUUAUGGAAAUAUCAAAACAGUUCGAAUAUUCCCUUCACAGAUUUGGACGCCGGAUAUCAAACUGUAUAAUUUUGCUGAUGAACGCUUACGUGAACACAGAGAUGCUCGUGUUGUAGUGUCAAGUAACGGAGAAAUGUUAUGGGUUCCACAAGCACUGUUUAAAAGUACAUGUGAAGUUGAAAUCACAUAUUUCCCGUUCGAUACACAAAUAUGUAUGCUAGAAUUCGGAUCUUGGACGUACGAUAAAACACAAAUGGACAUAUCAUGGUGGAUUCCAGAUUCACCUCCCAUAGAAGAAAUGCCAUAUUUAGACUUCUCAGAUUACGUACCAAGUAAUGAAUGGCGUACGGAUGGUGAGAAAGAACGUGAAGUACACCAUGUCAACCGUACUAUACAAAUUCGAUCAGUUAAGAAACAUCGACGUCGAAGUCAAACUGUUGGUAACGAAGUGAUCACAAGAGAAUAUCCAGUUUUACGAUAUUUAAUACGUUUGAGAAGGAACCCGAGUUUUUAUGUAUUCAUGUUAGUGAUUCCAUGUGUGUUGUUAUCAUCUUUAACAUUGGUUGUAUUUUGGUUGCCUCCAGAAUCUCCAGCAAAAAUGAUGCUUGGUAUGAAUAUAUUUGUUGCAUUUUUCGUUUUACUCUUACUGUUGGCUGAGUCAACACCUAGUGCUGUGAAAAAUUUCCCACUAAUUGGAGUGUAUUUUUGUUUAAAUAUGAUUAUGAUCACACUGUCCACUUUCUUGGCAACUUUGGUGAUUCACCUUUAUUUUCGAGGCGAUCGUAAUGGAUCAGUUCCAUACGUUUUGAGAAGAAUUAUUAUAGAGGGUAUUGGACGACUCACAUUAGUACGGCAGCGAAUUCCUCUACCAGAAAUGAAAAAACCAAUUAGGCCGGCAAUAAUAAAACCUCACAAGAAGAUUCAAAUUCCAGGUAUGUCACCCAAUAAAAUUCCAACAAAUGAAGAAACAUACUGUGAGAAUGAACGUAUUAGACAUUUUGGGGGUGGGGCAUUUCAACAAUGCAAUAUGAUUGGUAGUAAUUUUUUGUAUGGAGAAAAACAAUUAGGAGGAGCUGCUAGUAAUUGGUUUGCUCCAAAUGAACGUCGUUCUGUCCCAAGAUACCCUAAUCAAUUCGAUUCUUAUCCAAUGGCCACACCAAUCAAUAAUAUACCUCAUAUACCGGGAAGUGCAGGAAAAUCAUCAGAAAAUGAGCCAGAUAAUGCAGUUAAUCAUGAUGAAUCACCAUCAGUUCUAAGUUCAACCACUACACUGGAGCGUGAUGUGAGAGAGUUGAAAAAAUAUGUCAAAAUGUUAGUUAACCGACAAAAGGAAACAGCUCGUAAAAGUUUAGUGGCUAUGGAAUGGCGCACUUUGGCUAUUGUCUUGGAUCGUUUAUUUUUCUUUAUUUACAUUACCACCAUAGUAAUUGCAGUAGUUGUUUCAGUACCACGAAGUACUGAACCAGAAGUUCCACCAGCAUUUCGCGAUGAUUAAAACUGUUGACUGUAUCAAGAGAUACUAAUGAACGACUUUUUGCUCAGAAAAAAAAUUUAAUGAAAUUGAAUUAAAACAUAAUUAGUUAAUAUAUUUUUAUUUCCUAGAUCUCUUGGCUAGCAAAACAAUAUUCAUGUUUUUUUUUCAUUCUUAAUAACUGUCAAUAAUUUGUUUCUUUGACAUACAAUUAUUGUACGAACAAAUUUCAAACAUGAAAGGAGAUAUUAUUUACAAAUUUCGAAUUGUCAUUUUCACUAAGCAUCACUGUUUAAAGUAGAAUAAUCUUUUUUCAUUAGGUUCUUUUACAUAUUGUGUAAUGCAUAUAUUUUUCUCUUAUUUAUAAAAUUUCAUCACAACCUCUUCCAGUUUUACUGUUCAUAUAUGUGAAUCGUCUUUGGUUUGAUAAUCCAUAUUCAUUCUUUUUGUUUUUUAAACUGUUAUAUAUUUCAUUUGUGUAUAAGCUUCAAUAACUCUCCAUACAAUAUGAUACAGGAAGACAUUUCAAUAGAUGUUUUCAUGAAUUGUUUGUUGAUCAAUUUUACUAUUGUAGGGAAUGAUUACAAAAUGCACAUAUUCGAUUCAGCGUACACAAAGAACUAGUUUUUUUUUAAAUAUUUUGUUUUAAUUUAAUUGUGUUUGUCUUCUUUUGAAAUGAUAAACUCAUUCAUUAUUAGUAAAUACUUAUCCUGUUCAACAAUAGGUUUUAUAUUUGUGAUAGAAUAAGGAACUUGAUGAAGUUACAUUUAUUAAUUAUAAAUAAUUACUUUCCUCAUCAAUUUAAUUUUUUUUUCAAGAAAUUUUCUUUUAUCAUACGUAAGACGGACGAAUCUGAAAGGUUGUUUGCUAUAUUGAUGAUAAAAUUUAUGAUUUUAAUACAAAUGAUAUGGCGUAAAGGUAAUGACUGAUACCACUACAUCUGUCAUUUAAUGUAGAAGACUAUUUCACAUUAAAAUAAAAAUAAAAUAACGAGGAAUUUCUUUUUGGUAUAUUCUUGAAAGCUACAUGAUUUUGGUUAAAAUAGUUCAAAGAAUAUGUGGUUUAAUAUUUAUUGAAAUGAUAAAGUUUUUAUACUAUUAAACGGUGAAAAUAUUUUUAAUGUUUGUGAUAGAUUAAUUUUAAAAAAAUACAUUGAAUAUCCGGAAAAGUAUAAAGAUUUGUGGAAGAGUAAGACUUUAGUAUUGAUUUUUAAAUUAUUCGGUGAACCAAGCUGAGUGAUGCCGAUUAAGCUCCAGUAGAAGCAUCCUUCUAUUCGUCUAUAAUAAAACCUAGAUCGAUGGCUUCUUCCGGAUGUAUUUAAUCAAUUAGCAGGAAUAAACAGUUCUUUUAGUUCUUCUUUUGUGAUAUUGUCAAAACUGGACUAAUAAACCUCAUCAGGUUGCAUACAAACCUUUUGUCUUGGUUGAUUCUAAGGUAUUGUUCUGUCACUGAAUUUAAAAUACCGGUGUCAAUCAAUACACUGAAAAUAUAUCGAAAGCUGUUGUAACCGUUUUCCAAAUGAUGCUGAGGAUUUCAUUUAAAUUGCUUCUAAUAAUCAUUAGAAUGCUCUAAUGAGGUUCAAUUUAUUCCUUUGAUUGACAUCAAACAAAUGAGAAGAA